AUGUCAUCCGCCCAUCCUCACCUUCCAAAUAGCCAAGAGGAGGCAGCCUUGGAUAGUGAUCUCUCCUUGAAUCAGCUUGUCCUUGAGCGAAGCCAAACUGCCACCAAGACUGCGGAAGACAUCAAGCAGGAAGAGCUACUCAGACGAGCAGCAGAAAAAAAGAACAAUAAUGACAAUGUUGGCUCUGUUCCGGCACCGGCAGUUGUUAGACGUCAAUAUGCCAAUACAAGGAAGAAAGCACCUGAUACUGUUACCACUAAAGCAGUCGGUACGAACACUACUGAGGAUGACGAUCAAAGGCAAAAAGACGAGCUUGCCCUUUUGAAAGUUGUAGCUGAGCGGUCUGCCGUUGCCAGCAGAGAAGAGGCAGAAUUGGCAGAAAGCACUGGCAAGAGCAACAACCCUGAGGAGGUUGGAACGCAAGCUUUCAAUCCUGGUGAUUAUGUUUCUGAAAAAGGGGAUUCCGUCAAUCUCAUGGCCAUUGUUGCGCAAAGAAGUGUUGACGAUGAUGCUACGCCCAGCAUGGCAGCAACAGCAGAUAAUACGGCUCCUCCUGAUGCUGCUGGUGAUGCUGUUGCAAAUAAUCCUGCGUCAAAUCCAGCUGCAGGCAUUGUAUAUGACCACCAAGCUGGGCGUCCUAUGACCAAGCACAGCCUACCACCAGGAUCUGUUACUCCUGGUGCUUAUUCAGGAGCACCAGGUGCCAACUAUCAAGCCGUGGAACCAGUGAGGUUGGAUGUGUUGGGACAAUCUUCUCAGCCAAUGCAAGAGACACCACCAGGACAAAUAGAAGAGGCAGAAGUCAAUACUGCUACCAAGACUUUGGAGGAUAAGAAAAGAAAUCCAGUGAUGAUGGGGGUGGCAAUUGCUGUACUGGUGUUAGUUAUCAUUCUGGCCAUUGCCAUUCCACUUGCUGUUGGAGCGGGAAAUGGAGAAUCCCAAAAAAUGGAGAACAACCAAGAAAGCAGUAUCGAUAAGGCGCUACUUUCCAAUGCCCCUAAUUCCACGAGGGAAUCCAUUGCUAAUGAUCAAGAAUCACCACAAUUCAAAGCAUAUGCCUGGUUGACUCGUGAUCCCAACCUAGCAACCUAUGAAGUGUGGCAACAGGAACAGAGAUUUGCUUUGGCCACCUUCUACUACGCAUGUGAUGGCCCUAAAUGGACGUUCCCAAAUCUUCAAGCCAAAAAUGUGUGGCUUAGCUAUGAAACCAAUGAAUGUGGGUGGGGUGUCUCCCGCAUAGGCGCCAUAGUGAAUGAUGUGUAUUGUUCCUCUGGUGACCGUGUGACAGAGAUCAGAGUGACAAAACAGAGAGGUUUCAAGGGAUCAGUUCCAUUGGAGCUAUCAUUGCUUGGAAGCUUGAAAGUUUUGGACUUGUCUGAUAACAUUAUGGCCAACCACAUGGCAGAUCUGCUGCCAAUCCAUGAGUCAAAGCUUUUCCAGUCCCUGGAAGUGUUCCAUUGCAUUAACUGCCGUCUAGAGGGAAGCCUACCUCCAGAGCUAUUUGACUGGACCAAUCUCCAAGUCUUGGACCUGUACAACAACCGGUUAUCUGACCCUCUCCCUUUGGAAAUUGGUUUGAUGGCAGCUCUAGUAGACUUGGACUUGGGCCGCAACCAAUUUGUGGGAGAGGUCCCAUCUGAGGUAGGGCGGUUAACAGCAUUGACUUCCUUGGACUUGAGCCGCAACCAAUUCAUGGGAGAGGUCCCAUCUGAGGUAGGGCGGUUGACAGCAUUGACUUCCUUGGACUUGGGCCACAACCAAUUGGUGGGAGAGGUCCCAUCUGAGGUGGGGAUGUUGACAGCAUUGCGUUCUCUCGAUCUCCGAAAAAACAACCUUUUAGGCAUCAUUCCUUCCGAGAUUGGAUUGUUGUCCGAAUUGACUCUUUUGGACCUUGCGGACAACCAAUUUCAGGCAAUCUUUCCUACAGAAAUUGGCAAGUUGGCAGCUGCUGCUGAUUUGUGGACGGAUUUUUUCUUGGAAGAAGGAACCAUCCCAACCGAGAUAGGAUUGAUGACAGGAAGGACUUCUCUUGACUGGCUGUUACCUUCAGUGUCAGGAGGCAGUAUACCAUCUGAGAUUGGUUUGAUGACUUCAUUGACCGUCAUUGGAUGUCGUCGCAAGGGCUUAUAUGGCAGCCUCCCAUCCGAACUGGGGUUGCUGACAAGUGUAACCUCCUUGGACUUGGGCUACAACCAAUUGGUGGGAGAGGUCCCAUCUGAGGUGGGGCGGUUGACAGCAUUGCGUUCUCUGGAUCUCCGAAAAAACAACCUUUCAGGCGUCAUUCCUUCCGAGAUUGGCUUGUUGUCUGCAUUAACUCUUUUGAAACUUGCGGACAACCAAUUUCAGGCAAUCUUUCCUACAGAACUUGGUUUGAUGACAGAUUCUGCUGGUUUGUGGGCUGAUUUGUUCUUGCAAGAUGGCACCAUCCCAACCGAGAUAGGAUUGAUGACAGGAUUGACUUCUCUUGGCUGGCUGUCACCUUCAUUGUCAGGAGGCAGUUUACCAUCUGAGAUUGGUUUGAUGACUUCAUUGACAGCUAUUGGAUUUCGUUUCAAGGACUUAUCUGGCAGCCUCCCAUCGGAAAUUGGUUUGCUGACAAGUGUGACUUCCUUGGAUCUCAAUAGUAACCAAUUAUCUGGCAGCCUCCCAUCCGAACUGGGGUUGCUGACAAGUGUGACCAAAUUGCAGUUGGAUGGCAAUGGGUUUUCUGGCAGCAUUCCUACAGAAAUUGGCUUGAUGUCCAGUGUGCGAGCAGUGUGGGUUGCAAACAACCGAUUAUCAGGCACAAUUUCAUCCGAGCUGGGAUUGCUGACAAGGCUGUACGGUUUGUAUUUGUAUGGCAACCAGUUCUCUGGAAGUCUCCCAAGCAGUUUGUGUUCCAACGUGGGUAUAGGAAUUUACGUUGACUGUGACCCGGAUCCGUUUCCCGUGGAGUGUGCAUGUUCUGAAUGUACAUGUGGAUAG